AUGUCGCUCUGCCAGAAUGGGUCCCCUCCGAUGUUUCUGCCAUGGUCCAACGUCACCGUCACCACCGAUCAGAAAGCCAUCACCAGAGGAAUCCAGAUCUCCAUGGGAACUCCACCUCAGAUAGUUUCGCUGAGACCAAGCAACGCCGACGAUAACUUAUACGUGGUGAACAGAGCACAGUGUGCCCCUCAGUACAACGACUCCUGUAUUGGCCAAUUCGGUGGUGUCUUCGACUACGGCGCUUCCAAAACUUUUCUCCAGGUCGCUGAAGGUCAAUGGAACGGCACUGAUCAAGGAAACCCCAGUCAAUUAUCCUUUGUCUACUUCAACGACGUCUUGACCUUUGGAAAUGCUACCAUCUACGGGUUUCCUUCCAGCUACGACCAACCUGGCUAUGGCGGUCAGGGUGUCAUGCCUCUUGGGUCCGGCUCGGACUUUUUGCGCAUUGCUGUGGAGAGCGGCGCUGUACCAUCGACCGUCUAUGGCCUUUGGACCGGCUCUCGCUCCAUCGACCACCCUGUGGAUGGUUCUCUGGUCGUUGGCGGCUACGAUACCACCCGGAUCAACGGCAGCCUGACGACGUUCAACUCUCUGGAACAGUGCGAAAUGUGUGUUGUUAUCACGAGCCUUGCGUAUGAAGACGAAUCGGGGUCGACGAAUCUCUUCUCCAAUGCGUCUGAAUCUCUCCAGGUCAACCUUCAACCUUCGGAACGUGCGCUGAAUGUGCCACAGAACGUCUGGGAGAACUUCAUGAAAGCGACAAACGCCGUCUACAAUGACUCGUACUUGACGUACCCAUCCACUGCUGUGCCGACCGGCAGUUUGGUUGUCACUCUGCAAAACGGAUACAAGACAACAAUCCCUUCAGAAGAGCUCUUCUAUUAUCCUCGCGGGUACGAUGACGAAGGCAAAUACACCGUGAUCGACAACACCUACCAAAUAGCCACCAUGUUCAACUACACCAACGACGGUUACGUGCUGGACUGGGGCAUUCCCUACAUGACCAUGAACUAUAUAAUCGCAGACUACAAGCGGUCUCAAUUCAAAAUGGCACCAGCCAUCCGAACAGAUUUCGAAAGCCAAGGUGGAGGCUACGUGCUCCAGGCAUCCUGUGAUCCCGUGACGGCUACGGCGACGUCCACCACCUCUGUCAGUACAGGCACUUCCACGGCGACCACCUCGGCAUCGGCGUCCCAUAGCGGCGGCGGCAACAAGAAUAUCGGCCCUAUCGUCGGCGGUGUUGUCGGUGGGGUUCUUGGUCUGAUUCUUAUUGUGGGCGGGCUGGCACUACUCUUCUAUCGCAGCCGACGCCGCAAGAAUAGGGCCGGAGCUGCAGCUGAACACGGCCAGCCCACGUUUACUACGCCAAUGAUGGGUAACGCUAGCCCAGGCCCGAAUGGAGGAUCAACCGCAGAUCGAUACUCCCAUUGGACAGCGAUGUCCCCGACAGAAGCACCCAGUGAGCUGGGUGGAGCUGAGAAAAUGAAUGGAACGACCGCCAGUGUGAAUCAAUGGCUAUCGAGCCAGGCCAGCGACACUCAAACUGUCGUGAGCUCCACCUCUCCCAACCCCAAUGUUGGUGCGACCCUCGGGUAUAAUAUGGGCUCACCACAGGCGGGGACGAUGGAGCGACCUUUUGAGAUGCCAGCCCAGACGUGGGAUACGCGAUGA